CAUUCAAACAUAUAACAACUGGAAGAGUUACACUGAGAACCUGAAGUCAGAAGCUCAAAAUGAACUCUUUUCUUUUUCUCACAUUUUCAGGGGUCUGCUAUUCUCUUGUUGACUCAGCCCAUGUAAAGUGGACACCAGGGCAGGAUGUUGAAGACAGUUCCAGUUUUUAUGAGGAUCUCUGGAAGAGCAAUAUAGACAUUGCGAAUGCAACGCUCCAAACCAGAUUCCUGCAGGCGAUGCAGAUGGGAAACCUUCCAGUAGAAAAAUACACCAUCUUUGGCAUGCAGGAUCUCUACUACAUGAUCAAUGUCACAGCGAUGCUGCGUGAAAUGAGUGAGAAGAAGCCCAUGCCAGAGGACAUUAAACAAUUUUUCAAAGGCCGAUUUAACAGUUAUGAGAAGUACUUGGCAUACUUACUGAACGACUUUUCCUUAACGAACGAGUCUGUUAUUGUUCCCCGCCCUGCAAUGGCCAGCUACAUUAAUAAUUACCACAGGGUGAUGAAGAAAUAUGAGCCCAUCUACUUUGUGGUUGCCCUACUGCCCUGUUCCAAGCUCUGGCCUUAUUUGGCUGAAAAUGUGAACAUGACCGAGAACAACCCCUAUUAUUCAUUCAAGAGGGACAAUCAAGGAGGAAAUCCAGCGAAACACUUCAAGGGUCUUCUUGAUGGUUACCAGCACAAAAUGAAUAAGAAGACAGCGCACCAAAUCUUUCGGCAACAAAUGGAGCAUGAAAAGAACUUCUUCCAGUCUUCCUACACUGAGAAGCCCAUCCUUUUCUGAGCAAUGCGACUAGACAGGGAAAAGAUUGUUUUUAAGGAUGUGCUAGUCAGGAAGAUUUCUAAUAUAUAGUUAUUAAAUUGGUCUUUUAAAUUAUUGCUAGUCACAAUAUAAUAAUUAUCUUUGAAGUUACUACUUUUUACAUGUCAUCUGAAUUUGUAUAUGUUAAAUUAUAUUAUACUGUUAUUCAUUCCUUAACAUUAUGCUGAAUCCCUCUAUGUUUUUUGUGCUGACUGCCUGAAAAAUUAAAUUAAUAAAUCAGUAUGCAGGCAUCUGAA